AUGUGUCCAAAUAAUCCAUUAUAUUGGAUAAUCGAUGAAAUCAUUGAGCUAAUUAUCUUUCAGAGUCCGCUGUCGACAGAUUCCUCACCAAGUCCGGUGGUGCCAUUCCAAUCACUUCUCGAGGAUCGAACGCGAAAACUCUCACCGUCUGAAUUGCCCACAGAACGCGGCAUAAUCACAUUCACACUUAGCUACGAUCCCGUAUCGCUUUCUCUCCAGGUCGGUAUUGUCGAGUGUCGAAAUCUAUGCGAACUUGUCGUGUCAAGAGACGGACAAUGCCUACUCGAUCCAUAUGUGAAAUUACAGCUUCUUCCAGAACGCGAACAUCGUGUCAAGACCCGCAUUGUACGUUCGACGACCUCUCCAAAGUACGAUGAGCAAUUUACACUUUAUGGUGUGACAAGCGAACAAAUUGGCCUCAGCACAUUACAUUUUCAAGUUGUUGCUUUCGAUCGCUACAGUCGUGACACCGUCGUCGGUGAGUGUGUCUAUAGACUGGCAGAUGGCGAGUUGAUGCAUCAUCAAGAAAUGAGGCUAGUUUUAUUCUCGCUACUGUCAAAAUUCAUCCAGUUGAAAGUGGAGUUAGCACUUCAACCACGUGCUUCGGAUUGUGUUACAUCUCGUGGAGAGCUACUUCUAUCUCUUACCUAUCAACCAGCAUUUAACAAUCUGACGGUAGUGGUGUUGAAAGCACGAGGUCUAAGCAGAAACGAAACCGGAACAGCAGGUGGGUUAACAAGUGGCAAGUGUGGUGAGCGCUAUGUUUGA